AGAAGCGGCUAAGUGGGCAGUCCUUUUCAGCGGCUGACCUGCCGCACAAGAUAUUUAGCAUAAAGUCAGUCCCCCGCUGCAUGGGAACCUCUUGAGCUCUCCCUCUCCGACUCUCUUCAUGUCAGACCAGAGUGAUCCGGGGAAACUGCCGUUUUUUUCAAGCCGAAGGAACUUUCUAUCUGACAGCUACAUCCAUCUAGGACAACAUUAAUCCUCUACAAACUUAUCUUAUCCAGGGAUUAAUCUCACCAAGCUGGGACUUAAUAAAUUGGUGGCGCCGGUUAUGGAUUUUAACCUUCUGACUGACAGCGAGGCUCGCAGCCCGGCGCUGUCGCUCUCGGACUCCGGAACCCCUCAACACGAUCCGGGAUGCAAAGGCCAAGAAAACAGUGACACGGAGAAGUCCCACCAGAAUCAGACGGAUGAGUCGAACGCGGAGGAGGGCUCUCUGAAGAAGAAACAGCGGAGGCAGCGGACCCACUUCACCAGCCAGCAGCUGCAGGAGCUGGAGGCCACCUUCCAGAGGAACCGCUACCCGGACAUGAGCACCAGGGAGGAGAUUGCCGUGUGGACGAACCUUACAGAGGCCCGGGUCAGGGUGUGGUUUAAGAACCGCCGGGCCAAGUGGAGGAAGAGAGAACGGAACCAGCAGGCAGAGCUGUGCAAGAAUGGCUUUGGGGCCCAGUUCAAUGGACUCAUGCAGCCAUAUGAUGACAUGUACUCAGGCUACUCCUACAACAACUGGGCCACAAAGAGUCUCGCCACUAGCCCACUUUCUGCCAAAAGCUUCCCCUUUUUCAACUCCAUGAAUGUCAGCCCUCUCUCCUCUCAACCCAUGUUCUCACCACCCAGCUCCAUCUCUUCCAUGAACAUGGCGUCCUCCAUGGUGCCCUCGGCCGUGACCGGCGUGCCCGGCUCGGGCCUCAACAACCUCGGCAAUCUCAACAACCUGAACAGCCCCACCCUGAACUCGGCCGUCUCUGCCAGCGCCUGCCCCUACGCCACCACCGCCAGUCCCUACAUGUACAGAGACACAUGCAAUUCCAGCUUGGCCAGCCUCAGGCUGAAGGCCAAGCAGCACGCCAACUUCGCCUACCCAGCGGUGCAGAACCCUGUCUCCAACCUGAGCCCCUGCCAAUACGCGGUGGACAGGCCCGUAUGAAGACACUCCCUGUGACUGACUGUGAGCAAACGCACGAGAGGUGACUGCUUCGUGACCCUUUUUUAAAGAAUCAAAACAAUAAUGUAUGCCUUGGAAUGAAAACCCUACAGGAAUAUGCUUUUUGAAAACCCCAGUUUAUGGUGGACCACUCAUACCCUUAAAUAAUCAAUUAAUGGACAGCUUUUUUUUGUUGUUGUUGUUUUUUACCUGAGUUGACCUGACCAACGUUUAAGGAAUUUUGAAAAUGUCCAGAAUGUCCACUCCUAUAAUUUUGACCGCAUGAGCGUACAAAAUAUGGUUUUAAGAUGCGAUGACUGCUUUUUGAUAUCACUGUUGGCAUACAUAUAAACAUGCAUGGCCCUCACAACCAUAAAAUAUGGGGACCUGUGGUUGUAGUGUGGGCUAAAGGAUGUAAAUAAUGGACUUUUCUUUGUUUUGUAUGUGAUAUAAUUAUCUAUGAAACAAGUAGGACUUUGAAGAGGAAAAAAGCAUGUUCUUCAAGAGCAGAACCUAGAUCGACGUACUAUGAGUACAUCCUUUAGGAAUUUUAAUCUUUGUUUUGAAUUCCAUUGCCUCAGCAGGUCAAAGGGCACUGUCUACUAAAAGAAGAAUAUCAGCAGUGGUCAUUCUCAACAACAGUAUCACAUCCAGCAGAGAAAGAAAUUUAGACAUUUGAAAAAAAAAGCCAUUAAAUAUACUGAGUUGUUUGAUGUUACAAAAAAGGAGUCCAUUCUGUAAAAAAAAACAAUAUGUAAGAGUGAUGUUGUCAUAAAAUAACAUUUUACAGUGUA